GAUGGAGAGACCCGGAACUGCCUGAAGUGAUUCAGAUGUUGCAACAUCAGUUUCCUUCGGUCCAGUCUAAUGCUGCAGCCUAUUUACAGCACCUCUGCUUUGGAGACAAUAAAAUUAAAGCCGAGAUAAGGAGACAAGGAGGUAUUCAGCUCCUGGUGGACCUGCUGGACCAUCGGAUGACGGAAGUCCACCGUAGUGCCUGUGGGGCGUUGAGAAACUUGGUGUAUGGGAAAGCCAACGAUGACAACAAAAUCGCCCUGAAGAACUGUGGCGGCAUCCCGGCACUGGUCAGGUUGCUCCGCAAGACCACCGACUUGGAGAUCCGGGAGCUGGUCACAGGAGUCCUUUGGAACCUUUCAUCUUGCGAUGCACUCAAAAUGCCAAUCAUACAGGACACCCUGGCCGUGUUGACCAAUGCCGUGAUCAUCCCCCACUCAGGCUGGGAAAAUUCACCUCUUCAGGACGAUCGGAAAAUACAGCUGCAUUCCUCACAGGUGCUGCGAAAUGCCACUGGAUGCCUAAGGAAUGUUAGUUCAGCCGGAGAGGAGGCCCGCAGGAGGAUGCGGGAAUGUGAUGGGCUCACGGAUGCGCUGCUCUACGUGAUUCAGUCUGCGCUGGGGAGCAGCGAGAUCGAUAGCAAGACCGUUGAAAACUGUGUGUGCAUUUUAAGGAACCUUUCGUACCGGCUGGCAGCGGAAACGUCUCAGGGACAGCACCUGGGCACAGAUGAGCUGGACGGGCUGCUCUGUGGUGAGGCCAAUGGCAAAGAUGCAGAGAGCUCCGGGUGCUGGGGCAAGAAGAAGAAGAAAAAGAAAUCUCAAGAUCAGUGGGAUGGAGUAGGACCUCUUCCAGACUGUGCAGAACCACCAAAAGGGAUCCAGAUGCUGUGGCACCCAUCCAUAGUCAAACCCUACCUCACACUGCUCUCUGAGUGCUCAAAUGCAGACACGCUGGAAGGGGCGGCAGGCGCCCUGCAGAACUUGGCUGCAGGGAGCUGGAAGUGGUCGGUAUAUAUCCGAGCUGCUGUCCGGAAAGAGAAAGGCCUGCCCAUCCUUGUGGAGCUGCUGCGGAUAGACAAUGACCGAGUGGUGUGUGCAGUGGCCACGGCACUCCGGAACAUGGCCUUGGACGUCAGGAAUAAGGAGCUCAUUGGCAAAUACGCCAUGCGAGACCUGGUCCAUCGGCUUCCAGGCGGGAAUAACAGCAGCAACGCGGCCAGCAAGGCCAUGUCGGACGACACGGUGACAGCCGUGUGCUGCACCCUGCACGAGGUGAUCACCAAGAACAUGGAGAACGCCAAGGCCUUACGGGACGCCGGCGGCAUCGAGAAGUUGGUCGGCAUCUCCAAAAGCAAAGGAGACAAACACUCUCCGAAGGUAAUCAAGGCCGCAUCUCAGGUUCUGAACAGCAUGUGGCAGUACCGAGAUCUGAGGAGUCUCUACAAAAAGGAUGGAUGGUCACAGUAUCACUUCGUAGCCUCAUCUUCAACCAUCGAGAGGGAUCGGCAAAGACCCUACUCCUCCUCUCGCACGCCCUCCAUCUCCCCUGUGCGCGUGUCUCCCAACAACCGCUCAGCAAGUGCCCCAGCUUCACCUCGGGAAAUGAUCAGCCUCAAAGAAAGAAAAACAGACUAUGAGUCCACUGGCAGCAACGCCACUUACCACGGAACAAAAGGAGAACACACUUCCAGGAAAGACACCAUGACAGCUCAAAAUACUGGAAUUUCAACUUUGUAUAGGAAUUCAUAUGGUGCGCCCGCUGAAGACAUCAAACAUAACCAGGUUUCAGCACAGCCAGUCCCACAGGAGCCCAGCAGAAAAGACUACGAGACCUACCAGCCAUUUCCGAAUUCCACGAGAAACUACGACGAGUCCUUCUUCGAGGACCAGGUCCACCACCGCCCUCCGGCCAGCGAGUACAUGCACCUGGGACUCAAGUCCACGGGCAACUACGUCGACUUCUACUCUGCUGCCCGUCCCUACAGUGAACUGAACUAUGAAACGAGCCACUACCCCGCGUCCCCCGACUCCUGGGUGUGAGGCAGGCAGCACCGGGAACAGUGCAUGUGCAUGCAAGACCACAGACAUUGCUAUUUUUCUUUUCCCCUGCAAAUUUAGUUUGUUAAAGCCUGUUCCAUAGGAAGGCUGGGAUAACCAGUAAGGAAACAUUAAGAGCUAUUUCAGAAAGCUAACUGAAUCGAAUGUUAACUUGAAAGUCAAUAGAAAGUGAUCCUCAAUCUGACCUUGUACAACACCUUUCUAGCGCGGGCUGGAGAGUCUAAAAAGUGCUUUCCACUGAAUGUGGCUGAAGGCAGCACAGAAGGCGGUCGGGGUGACGGUUGUAAGCACAGAGGCACGUGGUUCACACACUUCAGAGGGACGGCUUCUCACGCUUUGUUUACUCUUCAUCCGUUGUGAUUCUAGGCUUCAAGUUGCACUCGGGUUCCUCUGUACAGCAAGAUGUUUCUUGCCCUUUGUUAAUGCAUUGUUGUAAAGUAUUUGAUGUACAUUACAGAUUAAAGAAGAAAAGCGCAUUGUGUAUAUUACACCAAUGCUGCGGCGUUUCCUCAUCUAUGGUUCUAAAUAUUGCUUCAAUUUCAGACUUUUGAAAGAUGUAUGGAUUUCCAGUUUUUCUUUUCUUUCUCGCAGUAUGUUUUAACAGAAAAAAAAUGGGAAAAAAGGAAUAUUUAGCAGUAUCGUUCGUUCUGAUAUGUGAAUUUGUUUGUGGCAACUAAGCAAGGCAUUCAACAGUUUCUGACAAUUAACAUCCAUCAUUCCACACUCCUUGUCAACAAAGUGCUUUUUCACUGCCUAAAAUUUUAGAUGUAGAUAUUUGAAAUAGAUUUUUUCAUUUAUACCAGUUUUCUUUAUGAUGAUACAGUGUUAAAAGAAAAUAAAUUACAAUUGAUCUGUCAUCCAUAUUUGCUAAGAAUGUCUAUUUCCAAGGACCUAUCUUACAAAACACACAUUCUACUCGUGUGUCUGUGCGUGUGUGGGUGUGUGUCCAUGUAUGUAUAAAAAUGACCUGUGUGAGAUUUUAUUUGGAUAGAAGCUAUUUCAUUUGCUGUUCCUCUUGUACAAACUUUGUUUUUGGUUUCUAGUAUGAAUGUACAUCAGCCGUUCCUUUUGUACUCUAUCUAUACUUCUGACCAUCUAGUGACUCAGGAUAUUAGGCCAGUGGAGGUAAAGUUAUAGGAUUCUCACACAUUCACGCAUUCUUGGAUACCAACCCUUUCUACGGGCCCAU